AUGCUCGCUGCGGGGGUGAACGCCGAUAUUCGGGGACCUCGCUGGGGCACCAGAACUGCGCUGUUGCUCGCUAUAAGCCAACAUCAUACAGCAAUUGUUAGAAAUCUCCUUGAUCAUGGUGCAAAUCCAAAUUUUAUGGACAAUGUUAAACAUGGCCCAUUGGAAACAGCUAUUUUAAAUGAUUGCGGGAAGGAUAUGAUACAAAUGUUGCUGGAUUUUGGUGCCGAUAUCAAUCUCAAGGGAUACUCAGGGCGUACGCCCUUGUUCACGGCUGUUAUCGCGGGCAAAUCAACCAGUGUGGCCUUUCUCCUGGCUCGAGGAGCUGAUGUACAUGUGCGGGAAUCCAAAGAUCGAAGAACUCCGCUGCAUUUUGCCGCUGAGUCAGCAGGGUCAUUCGAUGUAGUGAGCAUGCUCGUGGAUGUGGGGUCUGAUGCGAAUUGCCUGACGGAAAGUGGUAUGUCACCUCUACAUAAGGCUGCCUAUGCCCGGCUUGCCGACAACGUUCAAGCCCUUUUGGACUGUGGGGCUGACGUGAAUCUCCGCACACCUGCCGGACAAAACGACGGGCAAACGGCAAUUCAUUAUUGUGCCAAAGGAUGGAGUUCAACCAAAGAUGUCAUUCAAUUGCUUGCUGAUCAUGGAGCCGAUGUGAAUUCCAGAGAUUCACAGCAACGUACACCUCUGCUCUUGACUAUUGAACAAGGCAAUGCUCAAUGCGAACAUACAGCAGAGGUGCUACUAGAUCACGGUGCAGAUAUAUGCGCCAAGAAUGAGCGCGGACGGACUGUGAUGCAUGGCGCUGCUCGACAACUCUCGGGGAAAUUGCUGGAAUUGCUUUGUCAACGAGGUGCUGAUGUGAACUGGAGUGAUGACAAUGGAGACACUCCACUGUUCACGGCCAUUGAAUCACCAAAAAGUUGGAAACAAUCUCCGAGGACCAUUGAUGUCCUCCUUCAACUAGGUGCAGAUCUAAACCACAAGAACAGUCGUGACCAGAAUGCCCUUUAUCCCGCAAUUUGUCGCAGCCAUCUAGCAGCGGCACAGAUUCUCCUCGAGCGCGGUGCAAAUGUGCACAAUCAGGAUAGCCAAGGGAUGACCCCUAUGCAUUGGUGUAACAGAGCGUUUGUUGGGCACGACACCACUAAUGUUAUCGGUCGUAUGAUUGGGCUACUUAUCAAACACGGGGGUGACGUUAAUUCUCGAAACUAUGCCGGGCAAACUCCACUGGGUAUGAAUUUACAGACGGGCAGUUUGCAGGUCCGCGAGUGCUUAAUAAAUGCCGGUGGCAUUGAGUAA